CCAGCCCCGGCCGCCCCGGCACCGAGCGCGGGGAGCGCCGAGAGGCAGGAGCGGGCCCGCAGACGCGCCCAGCCGGCGAGCGCGGAGCGAGGGGCGGGCCGGGCGGGGGCGGCGCCGCGCAGCCGGCGCGCCUAUAAGGAGCUGUCCGGCGGCGGGUGCUGAUUGCAGCUCCGCAUCCAGCGAGCGGGCGCCUGUGGUUGCAGCCGGGUUUGGCGCUGCUUCCCGGGCAGGCGAGGAGGAUCCAGGCCGGCGAGCUCCGCCAGCGGCAGUCGCGGGGACUGUAGCGCCAGCCUCAGCGCCGGGAAGACCGGCUCCGGGUUGGGUCGAGCUUCCGGGCGCGGGAUGGACUGAAGCCGCGGUGCCUCUCCGAGGGGGUGGGUGGGAAGGGGUCACAGUGCGGAGAGAAGCGCACGGGAAGGAGGCGCCGGCGAAUUCGGGGUUCCGCUGGAAGAGAGCGCUUCGCCGGGGCCAUGGAUUCUGGAACCCUGCUGCUGAGCAUUUUCACUUUGCUCUCCUCCGGCUUGUGGCGUCCCGGAUUAACAGCGACAAAUUACAACUGUGAUGACCCACUAGCGUCCCUGCUUUCUCCAAUGGCCUUUUCCAGUUCCUCAGACCUCACUGGGACUCACAGCCCGGCUCAGCUCAACCGAAGAGUUGGAGCUGGCGGGUGGUCCCCGGAAGAUUCCAACGCUCAGCAGUGGCUCCAGAUGGACCUGGGGGGCAGAGUGGAGGUCACCGCAGUGGCCACGCAGGGGAGAUACGGGAGCUCUGACUGGGUGACGAGCUACAGCCUCCUGUUCAGUGACACGGGACACAACUGGAAACAGUACCAGCAAGAAGACAGCAUCUGGACCUUUGCCGGGAACACGAAUGCAGAUGGCGUGAUGCACCACAGGCUGCUGCACCCCGUGAGAGCCCGGUUUGUGCGCUUUGUGCCCCUGGAGUGGAACCCGAGUGGGAAGAUCGGCAUGCGGGUUGAGGUGUACGGAUGCUCCUACAAAUCAGAUGUUGCUGACUUUGAUGGCAGGAGCUCCCUGCUGUACAGGUUCAAUCAGAAGCUGCUGAGCACCCUCAAAGACGUGAUCUCUCUGAAGUUCAAGAGCAUCCAAGGGGAUGGGGUCCUGUUCCAUGGAGAAGGUCAGCGUGGAGACUAUAUCACGCUGGAGCUCCAGAAAGGGAGGCUUGCCCUGCACCUCAACUUGGAUGACAGCAAAACCCGGCUCAGCAGCAGCCCGCCAUCAGCCACCCUGGGCAGCCUCCUGGAUGACCAGCACUGGCACUCGGUCCUCAUUGAGCGGGUGGGCAAGCACGUGAACUUCACCGUGGACAAGUACACGCAGCAUUUCCGGACCAAGGGAGAGGCCGAUGCCUUAGACAUCGACUAUGAGCUUAGUUUUGGAGGAAUUCCAGUACCAGGCAAACCUGGGACCUUUUUAAAGAAAAACUUCCAGGGAUGCAUGGAAAAUCUCUAUUACAAUGGAAUCAACAUAAUUGACCUGGCUAAACGGCGGAAGCAUCAGAUUUACACCGUGGGCAAUGUCACUUUUUCCUGCUCCGAACCACAAAUUGUUCCCAUCACAUUUGUCAACUCCAGCAGCAGUUACCUGCUGCUGCCUGGCACCCCCAACAUUGACGGGCUCUCAGUGGGUUUCCAGUUUCGAACGUGGAACAAGGAUGGGCUGCUUCUGUCCACAGAGCUGUCUGAGGGCUCGGGGGCCCUGCUGCUGAGCCUGGAGGCCGGGACCCUGAGGCUCCUGAUUCAGAAAACGACAAGACGGGCAGCGGAAAUCCUCACAGGCAGCAACUUGAACGAUGGCUUGUGGCAUUCAGUCAGCAUCAACGCCAGGCGGAACCGCAUCACUCUCACCCUGGAUAACGAUGCAGCGUCCCCUGCUCAGGACACCAGCCAGAUACAGAUUUAUUCUGGAAAUAGCUAUUACUUUGGAGGCUGCCCUGACAAUCUCACCGCACCCCAAUGCUUAAAUCCUAUUGAGGCUUUCCAAGGCUGCAUGAGGCUCAUCUUUAUUGAUAACCAGCCCAAGGACCUCAUUUCAGUUCAGCAAGGCUCCCUGGGGAAUUUUAGUGAUUUACACAUUGAUCUGUGUAGCAUCAAAGACAGGUGUUUGCCAAACUACUGUGAACACGGAGGAAGCUGUUCCCAGUCCUGGACCACCUUCUAUUGUAACUGCAGUGACACGGGCUACAUUGGCCCCACCUGCCAUCACCCCCUCUACGAGCGAUCCUGCGAGGUGUACAGGCACCGAGGGAACACGGCUGGCUUCUUCCACAUUGACCCGGACGGCAGCGGGCCGCUGGGAGCUCUCCAGGUGUACUGCAAUGUCACAGAGGACAAGAUCUGGACGUCGGUGCAGCACAACAACACAGAGCUGACCCGUGUGCAGGGCGCCAGCCCCGAGAAACCCUACUCCAUGGCCUUGGACUACGGGGGCAGCCUGGGGCAGCUGGAGGCCGUGAUCGACAGCUCGGAGCACUGUGAGCAGGAGGUGGCCUACUACUGCAGGAGGUCCCGCCUGCUCAACACACCAGAUGGAGUUCCCUUUACCUGGUGGAUGGGCCGAUCAAAGGAAAGGCACCCUUACUGGGGAGGCGCUCCUCCCGGGGUUCAGCAAUGUGAAUGUGGCCUGGAUGAGAUUUGCCUGGACAUUCGGUACUUUUGCAACUGUGAUGCUGACAAGGAUGAAUGGACAAAUGAUACUGGUUUUCUUUCCUUCAAAGACCACUUGCCUGUCACUCAGAUAGUUAUCACUGAUACCAACAGAUCAAACUCAGAAGCUGCUUGGAGAAUUGGUCCCUUGCGUUGCUAUGGCGACCGACACUUCUGGAACGCAGUCUCCUUUAAUACAGAAGCCUCCUACCUCCACUUUCCUACCUUCCAUGCGGAAUUCAGUGCUGACAUUUCCUUCUAUUUUAAAACCACGGCUCUCUCUGGAGUUUUCCUAGAAAACCUUGGCAUUACAGACUUCAUCCGCCUUGAAAUAAGCUCUCCUUCUGAGAUCACUUUUGCAAUUGAUGUUGGGAACGGCCCCGUAGAGCUCGUAGUCCAGUCUCCUUCUCCUCUGAAUGACAACCAGUGGCACUACGUGCGGGCCGAGAGGAACCUCAAGGUGACCUCGCUGCAGGUGGACGGCCUCCCGAGGAUGAGCAGGGAGACUUCGGAGGAAGGCCACUUCCGGCUGCAGCUGAACAGCCAGCUGUUUGUAGGAGGAACGUCAUCAAAACAGAAAGGCUUUCUCGGAUGCAUACGCUCCUUACACUUGAAUGGGCAGAAACUGGACCUGGAAGAGCGGGCCAAGGUCACAUCUGGAGUCCGACCAGGAUGCCCAGGCCAUUGCAGUAGUUAUGGCGGCAUCUGCCACAAUGGGGGCAAGUGUGUGGAGAAGCGCAGUGGAUACUUCUGCGAUUGCACCAAUUCACCAUAUGAAGGGCCCUUUUGCAAAAAAGAGGUUUCUGCUGUUUUUGAGGCUGGCACUUCAGUUACUUACAUGUUUCAAGAACCCUACCCAGUGACCAAGAAUCUAAGCCAGUCUUCCUCAGCCAUUUACGCAGAGCCGGCUCCAUCUAAGGAAAACAUCGCACUUAGCUUUGCGACAGCCCAGGCACCCAGCCUCUUGCUUUAUAUCAAUUCUUCCUCUCACAACUUCCUGGCUGUCCUGCUCUGCAAGAAUGGAAGCUUACAAGUUCACUAUCAGCUGAGCAAGGAAGAAACCCAUGUGUUCACCAUUGAGGUAGAGAACUUUGCUAAUAGAAGGAUGCACCACUUGAAGAUUAACCGAGAGGGAAGAGAACUUACCAUUCAGAUGGAUGAGCAGCUCCGGCUGAAUUAUAACUUCUCCCCAGAAGUGGAGUUCAGGGCUGUGAGGUCACUCACCUUGGGCAAAGUCACAGAGAAUGUCGGAUUAGAUUCUGAAGUCGCUAAAGCAAACAGCCUGGGUUUUGUUGGGUGCCUGUCUUCAGUCCAGUACAACCACAUAGCACCGCUGAAGGCAGCUCUGCGCCACGCGACCAUCGCACCUGUGAUCAUUCAAGGAGCCCUGAGAGAAGCCAGCUGUGGCUCUGGGACGGAUUCGGAUGUGAAUGCAGUGACUACGGUGCAUUCUUCCUCAGAUCCAUUUGGGAAGAGAGAUGAGCGGGAACCACUCAGCAAUGCAAUUCAAAGUGACUCAGCUGUCAUUGGAGGAGUAAUCGCGGUGGUGAUAUUCAUCAUCUUCUCCAUCGUGGGUAUCAUGGUGAGGUUCCUUUACCGGCAUAAGCAGUCACAUCGCACGAACCAGAUAAAGGAGAAGGAAUACCCAGCAAACUUGGACAGUUCCUUCAGAAAUGACAUUGACUUGCAAAAUACAGUGAGCGAGUGCAAGCGGGAAUACUUCAUUUGAAAAUCUACAGGGUCAACUAAUACUCUUUUGUUGUUAAUUUUUUCUCCUCCUCUUUCUCUGUCUCUUAAUUCUGGUACUUUUCUUUUUCUUAUUUGUUCCCCAUUUAUUUUCGGAUCAUACCUGCAUCAAACAUGGCAUUUACCCCUGACCCAGCCCAGAAGACCAGGCAGCUAUGGCCACUGUCUUCCUCUUUGACAAACCUACUGUGAUGGUAAUGAACACUCGAGACUGACUUGACUUCUAGACAAGGAAGAGACACGUGUGCACGGUGUGCACGUGUGCAUAUUCAGUUCUGUAUUCGUUUCUCAGAUGCACCUUCGGUUCGCUGCCAUCCGUCCAGCAGGCUUACUUUGAACCUGAGUUUGACUUAGCUAUUAUCAGCCAUCUUUGAAAUCCUCCCUAUCUCAAGUUCAUUCCGACCAGGGAACUGAGGGUAGGAAAGAAGAUGCUAGAGGCCUGGAUUCCUUCAGUGCCAUUUUAAAAGGAACAAGAGAGGAUUGUUUUGUGUUAAUAUCUGUAUCAUAGGAAUCCCAUUAACCUAACUCAUAACCUCUUUUAACUCUGACUCUUAUCCCCUGAGUAUUUUUAAACAUAGGGGUCCUGAUUGCAGUGAGCUGUCCUUGUGCUCCUGCCUUACCACUCUCUCCAGGGCCGACACACUGAACAGCAUACUCCAGCCUAACAUUAGAGGAAGCAUGGGAAUAGGGGCUUAACACUCAGAGGAGGAAGAGUGCUGCUAGGAAGAUGUUCCAUAACUUCAAAAAUGCCUCAGCCAACUUCAUAAGAAAUGUUAGCUAGGUUAGUUCUGGGAUUAUUAACUAUAUAUAUAAUUAACUAUAUAUAUAUCUGAAAUAUAAAACAUUCAAAUAACAGUUUAAAUUGGUUCCAUGAAUGAGCUUAAGCCAUCUUAAUUUCGCUUAAAAAAAACACAAAAGAAGAAAAAUACCAACCAAACACAAUUUUUCCCCUCCAUCUCCUCACUGGACAUCUUGUGAAGAAAGUAGAUGCAGGUUGUAUAUUUCGGAGCAAGUGUGAUGACCCCCCUGUCCAUCGAACCAGCUUAUAGGAGGUUCAGGAUGCACUGGCCUGAGGCAUGGUUAGCUACAGCCAAUCCUCCCUGCUAACCUUCAGAGGAGCCCCUGGGCUCUGGAGCACAUCACAUUUUCAAAUCUGCACACGUGCACACUCACACACAUACAUACACACGGCUUCUUAAAGGCAUAAUGUGCUAGACAAGGCGGUGACAGAUUUCCUAGUCUUUUCCCCUUUGAUGACAAAGCAUCGGAGAAACACAAUCAUUCCUUCAAGAAGGCACUGAGCUCACUCACCAGGUGGAGGUAGGAAUGCUGGCCAUUUUGCUGCAGCAAUAUCCCUCCCCCUUUGCCUCUGGGCCAACUUGGAGAAAAACAUAAGGGGAAGCAAUAUAAAUGCUCCAGGAUGCGGGCAAGCCCAUAUAAUGAUGCGCAGAAGUGGAGCGUUCUUGCUGCUUCUCUUUACAAGGCAGAUUCGAUGGGGGAAACAAUCACCGCCUCACUGUUCCCGGUCCUGACAGUGGGCUGUCCAUCUUGUCCCCGGGGUUAAGGCAGCCCUGCGCGAGGAGGCUCCGAGCGAGGCACACACUGGCUUCUGGUUUUCGGAUUUUUCCGACUCUGCUCUCAGAGAACGUGGUGUAAAGAUUUCGUUUGUAAUCUAUUUCUCAACUUUAAGAUGUUCUAAUUACACAGGCUCUCCUUGAAAUUGUCUCCGAACUGUUACUUAAUCAUUUCAUCACUUCCAUUAUAUCUUUUUGCCAGUAAAUUUGUUUUAAUGUGAUUCUAACAAAGGCACCGUUUUUUUUCUUCUACUUUAAUAAGAUGAAUGAUCUACUAAUAGGAGAAAAGGUCUUUAAAUACUGUUUUCUCCUGCGCUGUCCUUUCCUAUUUCCACUUUUACUUUUGAGUUUUCUAUUUCUAUAAAAAGUCUGUAUGAAUCAGCCAUUCGCUAGGCUAUUCAGUCCUUUGUCCCGGGAGAUAAAAGUCUCCAUGAAAUGUAGUGGGUUUAGCCUGAAGCCUCUCUGAUAAUGAAAUGGAAGGUGUGAAUAAUAAAGCUGGAAAAAACAAGGCUGAUAUUUUGCUGAUGCAGUGCUGACGGAAGAAGUGGAGGACUAGUCAGGCCAACGUAGAGUAUUUGCUUUUCUCAUCUACAUAUAUAUGAUCAUAGGCAGUUCUGCAGGUGAAGAAUUUGCAAUGCCCCGUCCUUGCCACUGAGAACCUGCCAGUGUAGCUCCCUGCAUAUGCAGACUCUAUAUACCACACACUACAUAUCCUAGGCCCGAAAACAAAUGACAUGACAAGACAGCUCACUCUGCAUGCCACUCUUAGAAGAGAGUCUCAGGGCUGCAGUAGAAAUACCUUUACAGGGAGGAAUUAUUUCAUAAACUCGGCAAACCUUCUUUUACUAGAUCAGUGAUGGCGAACCUAUGACACGCGUGAUAGAGGUGACAAGCGAACUCAUUUUUUUGGUUGAUUUUUCUUUGUUAAAUGGUGUUUAAAUAUAUAAAAUAAAUAACAAAAAUAUAAAUCUUUGUUUUACUAUGGUUGCAAAUAUCAAAAAAUUUCUAUAUGUGACACGGCACUAGAGUUAAGUUAGGGUUUUUCAAAAUGCUGACUCACCGAGCUCAAAAGGUUUGCCAUCACUGUACUAGAUGCAUAUGACAGCAAGUGAGCUGCCUCCUCCAAAGAAAACUCAAUUUUCAGUUAGAAAUAGUGCCAACUCUGCCUGUCUUUUCUCAGUGGUACCACAAUCCAUGUAGUUUUGUGCAGUUUCUUAAUUGUGUGAGUUUUUCAAUCUUUGAACAAUUAUACUCCGAAAAGGAUUUUGAAAUCUUUCUAAUCCCUCCUUUACCACCCUUCCUGCUUCAGUAAUCACAUUUUCCGAAUGCCUUCCUUGGCCAACUGGACUACCAUAAGUCUCCACUUUAACCUUCAGUCUUUGUUAACUGCUGUUUACACACACACAAAAAAUUAAUCAAAUGUGGUCACCAUACAGUAAAACCAAAAAUACCUGUGUAAUUUCACAUUCUAAGGGGGCUAUUUCAUUGAUAUCCUUCCACCAAACAAAUAUAUUUAUGCAAGCAAUAGUACAUCUGUUUACCAUAUAGCAUAUUUAACACCCACUGCAUCAUUCAUUGUAUCAGUAAGUUAGAUUGCCAGGGUUUCUAUGAGAAUUCAUCUGGAGAAUUAGAGACUUGUCACUUCUCUAGAUAUAUUUUUAUGAAUAGCUUAGCCUCUUCUAUUCGCUCUCAACUGCAUAUGAGAGAUUUAUCUUAAGGAUCCUGGGGCUGCUUUUUAAAAUAGGUAUUAUUCUCUUUAAUAUUAACAGGCAUGGUAAUAAGCCAACUUCACCCUUUUGGCCACCAUAAAGCAGGACCAGAACAAAGAAUUAGAUUGUUAUCUUUCUUUCUUGAUUCACUCAUGAGGUAUUUAUUCAAUACUCAGUACCCCAGGGGCUGGGCUAGAUUUUGGGUGUGAAAUAUAAAUUACACCUUGUGCUUGCCUGAAGUCUAACGCUUUUUGUUGUAACAAGCGUAUCUUGUUAUAGUAGGGUAUGCAUAAUGUGCUAUAGAAUGUAGAACAAAGGUACUGCACAGUUAUUUUUGUGAAUCCCUUGCUAGAGACUUAAAAACACAAAAAACAACAAAAAAGGGCAAAUUUCUGGAAAAUAUUUGUAAUCUUUUUUCUUGUUUAUUACUUUCACCUUCAAUAAGCUGCUUUUCUCCUCCUCAAAGCAAAUACAUAUUGAUGCAGAUAUGUUCCUGCAGGGGGAGACAGAAUUCAUCUUUCAGGGCAGCAGGAGUAAAUGUAUUUGUCUCUAAAGUAUAUCUGGAGGCUGAAUUCUACUUAUUCACUUCUGGUUGGGGGAUUCUGAAAAGCCCCCUUCCCAUCAACCAGUCCUAAGUGACAAUUUAGGAACCCUCUUCUCCACUUCUGCUCCCUCCUCCUCUUUUAUUAGUUCUUCUUUAACAUCCAGUUAGGAACUAUUGCAUGCCAUUGCUUUUCCAGAUGCUUUUAAGGGUCUUUGUUGUACUCCAACUCCUCCUAAAACUCUCUUUUGUCCUGAUGAGCAUUCUGAGAACCAGAUGAAGUGUAUCUUUGAGCAAAUAAGUGACUAAAUGUUGUUGUCCAUUUAAGUGAGGUCUCAGCUCUGUGCCCUGGCUGAAUUUUUUCAAUCCUGAGAGUCAUACAUGUCUCCUCAGCAGAAAGCUCAUUCAAUUAGAGGAGUAGCAUAGGGGGCUGUAAGGAAAGAGUCUUUUCCAAGAUGUUCAGAAAGAUAGGAACCAGACCAUUGGAAUUAUCCUAUAUAAUAAAAGCCUAAUAUGCUAAGUAUCUGAUCAUCCAUUCAACCAAUCAAAGCAUAGUAUGGUAAUGAUAUGCUAAGGCCACUCAACCACUCACUAUGAUGUGCACUGACUACCAGGGAGCAGAUGCUCCGACCAGUAGGUUAGCUUGCUGCUGGGGUCCAGCCAAUCAGGACUGAGUGAGAUGGGCCAGACAUGCCCUGGAGCCCUCCCACAGUCUCUCCCCAGCAACCUCCAGCAUCCCUCCCCAGCCCCUAUUGUGCACCAGUGAGGUCCCUCAGCCUGGUCUGUGCCCUUUUGCAAUCCAGGACCCCUCCGGGGAUGUUGGAGAGCUGGUUUCAGCCCAAUACCGCAGGCCAGACCAAGGGACCCCACAGGUGCAUGAAUUCAUGCACUGAGCCUCUAGUUUCUUAUAAAAAGGAUUGACAGUUUGAUCACCAACACCUGGGUUUUCUUUGAAUUCUUCCAUAGCUACAAUCUAACAAAACCACCUGGUAACACCAGCCUGAACAGGGGAAUGUGAGAUGCACUUAACCUAAAUGAUUGGAUGCAUUUAGUCUUCAGUUCUCCUAAAGGUCGCAAGUUGACCCAAUAAAUAAAGAGGGCCCCUUUUUUCCUGCAGAUGCAAAAGUAGUUAAUGGAAAAAGUUGAAACCAAACUCAAAACUUUCAGAAUAUUUUGAGCACAACUGAGUGCUAUUUUAUGUGUCUCAUGCAGUUUGAAAAUGUUUUCUCUAAAAGAAACAAAGUGUAAUUGAAUUACUUCCAUACACUGUUCUUCAGUUGUUCUUAACAUCUCCUCCUAUUUCCUCACCCACACACUUGUUAAGCCAUCUAGUUUUUAGAUAUUGGUUGUCCAUGGUUUUAUCAUGCUUUCCUAAUUCCAUAUAGUUUAACCUCCUAGAAAGAAUAAAAAUGCAAAUACACACAUAUACAAACACUUCGUAAAAAUAGGGCUGCUGUUUAUGCUUUCUUCAGGACAUUCUAUACACGUAUCUGUUUAAUAGGGAAGGGCACACAUUCCAUUUUGAGGUGUCAUUUAUUUGAAACCAUCAUAUAAGGUUUUAAUAUUUUACUCUUUUGCUAUUUAAGUAAAUGUUCUCUUAUUUUGCACUAAGGUACUCUGAGAAAGAACAAAAAAGCACAUUUUUUAGUGAAAUAUUGUACUUUGUAAGCUAGUUGUCUGUCUUUUGUAGCAUAGAAAGUCCAUGAAGUGGUUAAGCAGACAUGAGCAAGAAUUAAGACAACAGUUGUUUUGAUGUUCCGAGCACAGCUGCUAGGAACAUGUUGAGGAGGAAUGUGUGGCAAAAUUUGGUAGCUGUCCCAGGUGAAGAGGGCCACUGAAUCCACCAUGGACUAGUGGCAUCAGCUCUUCCCAUUCUCCUGGCUCCUAACUCAGGAGUCUCUCUAGUACGUUCUGAUCAUUGGCUCAAACAUUAGGGAAAGAGGCAACAUCCUGGGCUUUGCAUGAAGAAUUCUUUACUGCACUUUGCCUAAUAUUGUUGACAGUUCCCAGCCCUACUCUAAUCACAUCUCUUUUUUCAUGAUUUUAAUUUCAUCAGGAUUUCUCCAGAAAAUUUAGAGCUAUCACCAUAUGAUCGAAUGUGCCUAGGUUGAGUACC